AUGAGUUCUCCUAUUUUUACCCGUGAGAAUGAACGUCGUAUGCAAGAGCUUCAGGGUCGGAGGGAACAGGGCGCUCAGCUAACCGAUGAUGAGUGUGACGAGCUUGCUUUACUCAAGAAGGAUUAUCAUUGCUUUAUCGAAGAAGGUGAACGGCGAUUACUGCUUUUACGUAACGAAGAAGAUGCGAUGAAGCAUUCACACUCCAUUGACGCAAAUGAAAUGAUGGACACCGUACAACAAGGAGUGAAGUCUGCAGGUAAGGCGGUAUAUUUUUGGGGAUCACUUGUUGCUACUGCGUUGCCUGGUUACUUUGGACGCAAAGUAGGCCUUACUAGUGGUUUUUUGCACUGGAACUUUAUAACCGAUCAUCUUAUCUUGGGUGCUCUUCCUGUUGUCACGCAAGUUGGAGAUAGCGGAAACCACUUGGUACGUAUACGAGAGCAGUUAGAGUCUCGCAAUAAACAACUUGGACUUGUUAUUGCUUGCCUUGAAGAAGCCGAGAUUCAAGGAUUUGGUAUUCAUAUGCUUAGUUUUGCUGAUGAGUCAAGUUGGCAUCAGUAUUUUUCUUCAGAAAUACAAUACAUUAGUUUACCAAUACCUGAUACUACUGCAGUUAUUUCAUUCAAUGAUGUUGCAAAAGCUGUGGAGCAAAUACACGAAUGUAUCUCUGGACGAGAACGUGCUGUCUACGUUCAUUGUAAAGCAGGAAAGGGUCGCAGUUGGAUGAUUGUUAUGUGCUACCUAACAUCCUAUGGAGGGAUGGAUUUCAAUGAAGCAGAGAUGCGGAUUCGUAGCAUACGUUCACAUAUCAAUCCAUCUCCAUCACAGCGAGCGUUUGUCCUUCAGUUCCUUUCUCGUAUGAAAGAAUGCAAAGGAACAUCAUGA